AAUGAAGGAGGUAAUUUUGAAAUUCCCUUUGAAUCAGCUGAAUCUUCGGCAAGCCUACGUAGACAUCGCUGCAAUUAUACGCUGCAAUCCCGUGGAAGUAAUUCAGUCGGACAGUGGGGUACAACUGAACUCGUUGGUAGUGGUCUUCUUUACACCAUCUAGCGCCCGGUCGGUCGAGCGUUUCGACGUCCCCGCAGCUGCGCAGGUGUAUCACCCAGCACCUUCUCAUUAACAUCUUGCCCGAAAAGCCAGUCACGCCAGCAGAAGGAUCUGGUGCGGUCGAGUCAUCUUAUCGAUUUCAUUUCGACAACCGUUUACGUCGAUAGGAUCGCUCUCAACAUAAGCUGUUUACACUGAUCAAGAACAGUGAUUUCGAACAGCUGUUGAAACACUUGAGGAUAUUGGGAAGCUGAUCGUAUUCGGAUAAGAGGAUGCAAUGGACGGGGGCAGAAGCAACCGUUCUGGCAAAAGGCAAAGGUUCUCCCGCGGAGUCAAUAAAUCCUCCUCAGACACUGAGCUAGCGCAGGGUAAAAGCAAAACUCGAAAGAGCAAAUCGAAGGAAAAAUGGCCUUUGUUGGAAGGGCUGACAGUGGACGAACUGGCUCGUUAUCGAAGAAGACGUAUACAGGGACAACCGAAAGAUAAUCUUGGACUCAAUAUCGAGGCUGAAAGCGAGAACCUCGUGUCCGAGUAUCGUGAAUCUUUUCACGUGAAGAGCGAGGAGUUCCUGAAGGAAAAUACCUGGUUGGAAAAUAGUAAACAGAGCGAGGAUCUUCAGACAAAGGACUCGACCAAAGAUAAGAGAGUUUUUGACAGGAAAAAUAUCAAAGAACAAGAGGAGAGACAUACAGAGCUUCCAACUAAAAAUAUGAAGGGCGUGUCUUCUUUGACGCAAGUCAAUAAUGAUAAAACAAUGGAGACUGAGGCAAAUUCCAAUAUGAUUCACGCUAGCCCUCCUAAACGACCUUCUUUGAUCAGAAGGGACACUACUUUAAAGCGUGACGGAGAAUUAUACACUGACACCGAGACCUAUUCGUCAUACGUUGCCUACGAAGGUCAGCAUAAGCCCGAGCUAGCACGUAGGCCCACGUCUUUAAAAAUGGAGGGCGAUUUAGAAACGACCACUGAAAAAUGCGAGAAAUUCAUCCAGUGGCUGAAUGUUAGUCGACCGGAACUUAUGCGUGUGCCUACACAUUUAAAACUCGAGGGUGAAUUCGAGACUACCACGGAAAAUCAUGAAAAAUACGUGCCAUUUGUAGGUGUUCGAAGGCCGGAGUUAUUAAGGCAGAAUACUAAUUUGAAAUUAAACGGAGAGGCUAAUUUCGUGCCGGAAUAUACUGAUGUGUUUAAAAGACACAACAGUAGAGAACGUUCGCAGCCAGUAAAACCUGAGACCCAUCUAAAAACUGGAAACUCCUUUUUCCAAAGUACCGAGCAUGCUGAUAAUUUUAUUGAUUGCCGUAUUAGAGAAGCGCAUUUGAGAAACAAAUCGAACAAAACUGUCGAAGAAGAAGAAGAGAGACGAAAAAGGGAACAGAAAGAGAAACAGCAGAAAGAUGAGGAAAUGAGAAUGUUGGUUUCAAAGUUGGAAGAUUUGAAGGGUCCGCCACUCGAAAUUCCGGAAUAUAAAGACGCGUACAAGGUAAAUUUAAGUUUCAUUAAAAGAGUGAUCAAUGGAAAUUGAUAAAAUUAAUAAAAUAAAAUAAUUAAUAAGAGGGAAUACAAAAAUAUAACACAAUAA